AUGCUCGAUGAGGCUUCCCCUCUCCUCGCUGUACAGCAGAAACCCAAGUCAAGAUGGCCGUCAGUCUACUGGCUUUGCACUGUCGUGUUCUGCCUCUCUGCAUCGGGGUCUAUACUCAAUGUGCCCCUAACACAGCUCGUCGAGAACAACAUAUGCAGCCGGUAUUAUCACCAGAGAGAUCUGGCCGAAAGGAAUUGCAAGGCUAGUGAAAUUCAGUCUAAGUUAGCCUAUCUCAUUGGGAACCUCUCUCUCGUAGAGGCUGUUGUCGGCCUUUUUGUUGCAUUUCCUUUCGGUACCUUGGCUGAUAGGUGA